GAAAGCUCAUAAGCAAUGACAUCAUACUUGCGCCCUGACCUUCUUGCGUACAUUUCUAAUAAUGAAAAUGUUAUAAAUAGCCCAACUAUCUCAUCACCAAUUCACUACAAAUUUGAUAUCAUAUUUCUUUUCUUGUACAAUUCAUUGUUGAAGCAAAUGGAGAACCAACUGCUUUUGUUGGAUUUUUGGGCAAGCUCUUUUGCAGUAAGAGCGAGAAUCUCAUUGGCUGAAAAGGGAAUCAAGUACGAAAGCAGGGAAGAGAAUCUGUUUGAUAAAAGUCCGCUACUGUUAGAGAUGAAUCCAGUUCAUAAGAAAGUCCCUGUACUAAUUCAUAAUGGAAAACCCAUUUGUGAAUCCCUUGUGAUUAUUCAAUACCUCGACGAGGUUUGGCCUCACAAAUCUCCUCUUCUCCCUUCUCAUCCUUACCUCCGAUCUCAAGCAAAAUUCUGGGCUGAUUAUGUCGACAAAAAUCUAUACGGUAUUGGGAGGAGGAUUUGGAGUGGCAAAGGAGAAGAUCAAGAGGCAGCAAAGAAAGAGUUAAUCGUGCUUCUCAAAAAUUUGGAAGCGGAGCUCGGAGACAAACCGUACUUUGGCGGAGAGAAUUUUGGGUUUGUCGACGUGGCAUUGAUUCCGUUCACCGCGUGGUUUUACACAUAUGAGACACGUGGCAAUUUCAGUAUUGAAGCUGAGUGUCCCAAAAUUGUUGCAUGGGCAAAGAGGUGCAGGGAGAAGGAGAGCGUGUCUAAGUCACUGCCUCAUCCUCAUAAGAUUUAUGAUUAUGCAAUGGACCUUAAGAAGAAAUUGGGGAUAGAAUAGACCCUGCUUUUGCUUUGAGACAGAAAUAAAUGGAUUCAUGCCACCUUUUUUUUUUU